CGUUGACCGAAUAGUUGAACAAGCGUACGUUCAACGUGUUCCUUACCGUUACUCUAGGAUUCAACAGGUUCACUCACCACUGUCCACCACAUCUACCACUACCACUUCAGAAAGUGCACGGGAUAGCCUGUCCCAAAGCUUCUCUGGAGACCAAUGGUGAUUCAAUUAUGCCCAGGCAUCAAUGAACCUGAUUUAUCAGAUGCCUGCGUACGCACCUCCCUUGCGGCGAUUGUACCCGCUGCGCUCGUCUUAGCCUUGUGUCUCUUCACCAUACCCCGCAUUCCUGCAUUCGCUCGUCCACUUGCUACCGCUAUUAAAUCCCCCUUUCGCAGUUUCUUGACCUUGCGCGAGGCCGAAGCUCUAGAUAAUCAAGGGGAAAAAACAGAUGACCUUGUCAUCGACAAUACCGUUCCUUUAUGGCGCACCGUACUACUCUCAUUUGUCGCUUUGGUCGAGGCCCUCGUUUGGUCUGCUGCCGGUGCAUACAGCAUCAUCAUGAAUAAGGCUUAUAUUUGGCCAGGUAUCGCUCAACUUCUCAUUGCUGCCACUUGGAUAUAUGCCUCCUGCAAGCCUGUCUUCUGGCCCAAACCGACUAUCCACUUUGAUCUCUUCUCCCUAUUUGUGCUACACUUCGUCUUUGGCAUCAUCCUGUUCGGUGGUACUUUGUACGAGUAUGAGGUUUUCGGUGUCCCAUUGCCUCAGCUCCCAUUCUUGGGCCUCGUUUCCAAUCUCAUCGCUAUUCUGGUGCUCCUGACCAUCGUAGGAAAUAUGCCCUUUGAGCUGCCAAGCAACCGUAUCAAGAAGGAAGAUAUUUAUGUCAAGUACUCUCCUGAAGAUUAUGCCACUAUGUGGGAGUGGAUAACGUUCUCAUGGGUCUACCCACUUAUCACUCGUGGUUCGAACAUGACCAUGAGCGAGGAUGACGUUUGGAAACUUAGUCCCACCCAGCAAUCCCGCCCAGUGUUCAUCAAGUUCAGCACCAUCAUUCACUCUUCUCUCCUUCGCCGUCUGUGGGCUGCCAACUCGCAAGAUCUUUUACUGGAUUUCUUGCUGACUUAUGUCAGCGUCAUAUUCGCCUACGCUUCGCCAUUCCUUUUAAAGCGUAUCCUUGAUGCUAUCCAGGAAUCUUCCGCAGAGGACCGAUUCCAAGCAUACAUCUAUGCUUUCUUGGCCUUCCUGUGCACGUUGCUAAAGGCAGAAGCUGAUGUCCAACACCUGUGGUUCGGACGGCGAGCGGCGACAAGGAUGCGUGUAGAGCUGAUGGCUGCCAUCUAUGACAAAGCUCUCAAGCGUCAGGACUACUCAGGCAUCAUUGACAAGGACAAAGCCAAGGAGGCUGCCGACAAAAAAGCGGGAAUCAAGCCUGUUGAGAAUGCGACCUCGGAUGACCCCAAGGCUGGCGCGGAUGUUGGAAAGAUUGUCAAUCUGAUGGCUGUAGAUGCAAACAGGAUUGCCAUGAUGGUAUCUGGCGCAUAUUUUAUCUAUGGAGCUCCGUUCGAGAUUAUCAUUGCAACGACCUUCCUCUACAAUCUUCUCGGUCUAUCUGCAUUUGCGGGCUUUGUCGUUCUCCUCGCUGGCUGGCCCCUGAACAGCUUUGUCACUAAACGCAGCGUCCGUAUUCACAAGGGUGUCUCUGCUUCGCGAGACAAACGCAUGGCUGUCCUUAACGAGCUCAUCGGAGCUGUCAAAUUCAUCAAGUUCUUCGCGUGGGAAGACCGCUGGAUUCAACGGGCUAUGGAUGCACGAGGAGUGGAGAUGAAUUGGAUGGUGAAGGCUCGGAUCAACUCAGUGAUGUUCUCCCUGAUUUGGACCUCUGCUCCUAUUUUGGUGUCGCUCAUAUCAUUCUUCACUUUCGUGUACCAAGGCAACCAGCUGACUGUGUCGGUUGCUUUCACGUCUAUCGCGUUGUUCAGCAUGAUUCGUCAGCCGUUGAAUGUUAUCCCAGCUUGGAUUGUUCAAAUACUACAGACUGGCGUUGCGUUAAAACGUAUCGAGAAGUACCUCGAAGAGGACGAAGUCGAUGAUCAGGUGUCUUCCAUCAAGAGGGCUCGCGCACCCUAUAGCGAUGAAGAGGAUGAUACCCUUUCGAUUGAGAAUGGAUUCUUCAAGUGGAACGAAGUUCCCGAGCAACCUGAGGAAAAUACAAAAAGCAAGGGCAAAAGCCACUCUCGUGCUAGUUCGAGUGACGAAACUGCGACUGCUGUCGAUUCCGAGGCCGGGUCCAUCCGUUCGUCGCCCGAAGAUCAUAGAUUCGAGCUCAAGGAUAUUUCGGUACGGUUUCCCGAGGGCGAGCUGUCUGUGAUUACUGGACCGACGGCGAGUGGCAAAACUGCUUUGCUCAUGGCACUGCUGGGCGAGAUGACUACCAUCAGCGGCAAACUGACUAUCUCGAAAAAUACGUCGAAGAUCGACAAGAAUGGACUUAUGCACUCAAUCUCAUAUGCCGCUCAAUCACCAUGGCUGCGCCACCAGUCCAUCAAAGACAACAUUCUAUUUGGGCAACCUUUUGACGAGGAGAGGUAUAACGAUGUUGUCGAGUGCUGUGCGCUGCAGCCGGACUUGAAUAUCUUGGAGGAUGGAGACGAUACUGAGAUUGGCUCUAGGGGGGUCAGCUUGUCAGGUGGCCAAAAGGCUCGUGUUGCACUUGCUCGCGCCGUGUAUGCUCGCACCAAGUAUGUCCUGUUGGAUGAUCCAUUAAGUGCUGUGGACAGUCACACUGCGCGGUUCUUGUACGAUAGACUCUUCCGCGGACCGUUGAUGGCGAACCGUACGGUGAUCUUAGUCACUCACCACGUGGAGCUCGUGCUCCCUGGCACUCAUUACCUCGUCCGCAUACUGGAUGGUCGCAUCGAUGCCCAGGGCACUGUCAAGGAUCUCCGUGCGCAGGGCGUUCUGGACCACAUUGCGCAGGACUCCACUGCAGAAGCCAAAGAAGAGGAAUCUGUCGCAGCCUUUGAGGUCCCUGUUGAAGCGCAGGAGGACAGCGAUGGGGCAGACACGCCUGUGGAAUCAAAGAAAAAGCCUAGAAAGCUUGUCAAGGACGAACACCGGGAGGCUGGAGGCGUCAAGUGGGCAAUCUACAAUGCGUACUUGAAAGCAUCGUCGUACUGGACAUGGUUUAUGCUUGGGUUACUCAUCGUUUGUUCGCAGAGCUUAGGUGUGAUUGAGAAGCUCUGGGUUCGGGAAUGGGGUCAAGCAUACGGCGAUGGCACCGAGCCAGCUCCGUACUUCAUGCCGUCCUCUGUAUUGACCGAGAAUGAGGUGCUGAUGAACGGCUACAUGUCCUACCAUGACUAUCAACACUACUCGAACAGCUACUUCCAUGUGAACACUACUGGCUUCGGCCCCAUCACGUUGCCUGACGUUCAUGAACAUCCACUAUACUACGUUGGUAUUUAUGGGCUGAUCGGCUUCGCCACCGCGGCAGUGGGCAUCUUGUCGAUCUCUAUUCAGUACACCGGAGCGUUGAAAGCGUCAAGAUCUAUUUUCCGCAAGCUCUUGACGGGUGUCGUGCGCGCCACGAUGCGCUGGCAUGAUGUCACCCCGGCUGGUCGCAUGCUCAAUAGAUUCGGAAAGGAUAUUGAAACUAUCGACACUAAUCUCGCGAGCUCGCUAUCAGCUGUCAACUCUUCAUUGGCGACGUUUGCGGCUGCGAUUUUCACCGUCGUUAUUUUCUUCCCGAUUUUCCUUAUCCCUGCUGUGAUCAUAGGUUUCUUCUACCGCCUAUUAGCUCUUGGGUAUCUGAAGACUGGCAGAGAUCUUCGUCGUAUGGAGUCUAAUUCUCGGUCGCCUAUCUUCUCUGGCUUUGGCGAGUUACUUGAGGGUAUUGUUACGGUUCGGGCCUUCUCUGCUGAAGAGCGCUUUUUGGAUGACCUGCACGAUAAGAUCGACGUUACUACUAAGAUGUGGUACAAUUUCUGGAUGACGAAUCGAUGGCUCUUGUUGAACUUUGAUGCGCUCGGUGGGUUGGCUGUGUUGGCCACUACUCUCCUUGCGCUAUCGGGCUAUGUCUCAGCUGGUACCGCGGGUUUGUGUAUCACGAGUGCUAUGACCUUUACUACCAGUGUCUAUUGGGCCUGUCGGUUCUGGACUGCACUUGAGCUUGAUCUAAACUCCGUCGAGCGUGUUGUAGAAUACCUCGAUUUGCCCCAAGAACCUCCUGCGAUCAUCGAGUUUAGUCGUCCUCCUGCUUAUUGGCCUUCUAGCUCGACGAAGGAAGGGUUGCUAACCGUCGAGGACCUGGUCAUCAAAUACUCCCCUGAGCUCCCUCCCGUCUUGCAUAACGUUUCCUUUACUCUGAAUGCGAAAGAGCGAAUUGGGCUUUUGGGACGCACAGGUAGUGGAAAGUCGACUUUGGCGAUGAGUAUUCUUCGUUUUGUCGAUCCUGUCAGUGGUCGCAUCUUGAUCGAUGGGAUUGAUAUCUCUACGAUUGGUGUCCAUGACCUUCGCUCUCGUUUGACUUUCAUUCCCCAGGAUGCGACUCUGUUCUCGGGCACAUUGAGAGAUAACCUUGAUCCGUUCGGUGAACACGAAGAUAGCGAAUGUCUGGACGUGCUGUAUCGCGUGCAAAUGCUCAGUCAAAGUGCUUACCAAUCUCAACAUACCUCCCGCGCACCAUCUCGUGCGUCCACGCCUGACGAUGUCGCCUCUUCUGUUGCAUCGACGGCUAUCACUGACGUGGAGUCGAAGACGACCGUCACGCUCGAUACCCAGGUGUCCGCAGGUGGCACAAACUUCUCGCAGGGUCAACGGCAGCUCAUCGCGAUGGCGCGCGCGCUGCUCAGGCGAAGCUCGAUUAUUGUGCUUGAUGAGGCAACAAGUAGCAUUGAUUUUAGCACCGACGCCAAAAUUCAGGCGACGAUAAGGGAGGAGUUCACGGAUUCCUUAUUACUCACGGUCGCGCACAGAUUACGCACCGUGAUUGAUUACGACCGUCUUAUUGUGCUUGAUGCAGGAGUGGUUGCGGAGUUCGACACACCUUUGAAUUUGAUCCAGAAGGAGGAUGGCAUUUUCAGGACGAUGUGCCUCAAGAGUGGCACGUUCACUGAGCUUGAAGCGGCUGCCAAGGCCAAGGCUGAACGAGAUGUAGCCAAGGCUAGCGGAUAAUCGAGUACUUGACUGAGUGACUUAUGAGUUGACUUAUUCUGUAUCAAACGUGAUUAUAUCUAAAGUGGUCCUAUGAUCACGAUGAAAUUGAUGCCAUCACAUUGUC